CGAACUCGAUCGGCUCGGCUAUUCCUCGAAUGCGAGGUGCUGAUUCACAUGUACCUCUGCGCAAACAUGGCUAAAGCGUGCCGGAUCUUCGAGGGCGUCGCUCGUUCUGAGAGCGGUAAGGAAUAUCUAGCUCUAGAGAUAUUUCACCGCAUGCGCGCUGAGGGAUGUGCCCCGGAUUCGCCGAGCUUUGUCGCAGCCGUCAUGGCGUGCUCCAAUCUGGCGGCCAAGGAGGAGAGGCUCGAAUUUUGGCCCGAGAUCGGUCGAUUUGCACACUCAAGCUGACAGCUCGCGGAGUCUUUGAGGGAUUCUCCUGCCAAACGUUGUGUCGUGGACGAGUUUGAUCCUGGGGCACGAGCUGCCAAACUUGUGAUCGAACGGGACUGUACAGUACGUCCUGAAUGGCGAGAACAAGAUGGUCAAGCGUUUUGCGGUGCUCAAGACCUUCGGCAGCUUGGCAGCGAGAACAAAAGGCUUUUCCAGGUGUUUAGAUCGUUUUGCUCGCAAGUUGUGAGCAGCGGCUACGAGUCUGAUGUGUUCGUUGCCACCGCCAUGGCUGGCAACAUGGCGGAGGCCCGCAGAGUUUUCGAAGGAAUGGCCCGUCGAGACGUUGUCUCCUGGACGACAAUCAUACUGGGACACGCUCAAAACGGUGAAGCCGAGGUGGCCUAGGAUUUCUUCUCAAGGAUGCAGUCGGAUGGAGGGUGUGUAGCGGAUGCCAAGGUUUUUGUUGCUGCAAUCCUGGCGUGCGCGAUACGCAAGAGCCGUUCCAGCGAAUCGAUGGGACGCUGGUGAAGCUCCGAGCUUUGGAGAAAGGGAUGGAAGUUCACAGCAGAGCAGCAAAGCACGGUUUUGAUUCAAGAGACGUGUUCGUGGGAAGCAGUUUGGGCGAUCUUUACGCGAAGUGCGGCAGCUUGGUGGAUGCUCGACAAGUUUUCAACAGAAUGCCAUCACAGGACGUGGUUUCAUGGACGGCAUUUGUCCUGGCAUACGUAGAAAACGGGGAAGCCGAGACGGGGCUGGAACUGUUUGGACAGGAAGGCUGCGUUCCCGGUUGGCCGGAUUGAAAGCCUGUACUUGGCUGGCAGCACUACAGACAGGGAGACAAAUUCGCACUCAAGUCUGUGAGAGCGGCCUCGAGAGAAACUUGAGUUCCCUGGUGGACUUCUAUUGCGAGUGUGGGAGAAUGGGUGAAGCACGACAGGUAUUCGAUUUAUUUGGUUCUAAAACGAAAGACUCUAUGAUUUGGACGACAGGAUACAGUCGCCAAGGCCAGACAGAGAGCGCUAUCGACUUCUUCAACCUCAAGCAAGACAGAGGCCUCCGUCCAGAUGCCAUCACUUUCACGUUUAUCCUCGCCGCUUGCAGCCAUGCCGGCCUGGUUGACAAGGGAAAGGAGUACUUCGAGCUCGAGCACUACCGGAGGGUGGUGAGGCUGGACGAGAGGCAUGGCGCGGCCUUAUCCAUGGCAAAUAUCUAUUGGAGUCUCAGGAUAGUUACUGAUAGCAGGAAAGAGAUAGCAGGAAGGAGAGCAAGCUAAGAUAUCAUCUCG